AAAAAACUUUUUUACACAACCUGCUUUAGUUUAUACGAGUAGAAGGGAAGGCAAUGAAAUCAAAUUAGGUCAAUUUUUUUUUCUAAAGCGGGAAAUAAAUUCAAUGGCGAAAGAAUCAGAACUCUGGGAUGAUUCUGCUCUUAUGAAUGCAUUUGACAAUGCUAUGAAUAAAUAUAAGCAGGCCAUGCAUAAGAAGAAGCAACGUAAGAGCAUCUCUACGGACAUCAACGGGGAAGAAGUAAACACUGACUAUCCUGAAAAUCUGACCGAUGAGAACUAUGAACCUUCAAGACUUCUGAGGGUGAAUGAUGCUCUUGCUAGUGAGAUAGUUAAAACUGAAGCAGAUGUGGAAGAAGCAAAUAAUGUACCACCAGUUCAAGAAAAUCAAUCAAGUGUUUUGGAACCGAUUAUACAUACACAUGAUUCUGAUAAACAACAAACAGCAGAAGGAAACACUAGUACACAAGUGGAAUCCGAGUAUGAUAAGUUACUUCGCCAGUAUUACGAGCUAGAGGAACAGAGACAAAAGGUUCUGCAACAACUUCAAGCUGGUUAUGGUUACAACUAUAGCUAUUACCAGUCCCAAGGUGAAGGUGGUGGUUCAUGUGCAUAUACUCAAGAAAAUCAACAUCAUGCACUUUAUGCUUCUCAGCAAGCAGCGGCGACAGCUUCUUCUUGUUGCCCAUAUGUUUGUCCUUGCUUGACGGGUUCGUGCCCGUUGGUGCCCGCGUGUUCCUCUAGUGUUCCUUGUACCAGUGAACUGGGCACUUCUUCUGCUCCUAUUGGAUGUACAGGUGAUGGGACAAACUUAUCCUAUCUUCAAGAUGAUCCGCUUUCUAAAACAGCAAUUGGAGCUGCAGAAAGAGCUAUAGCUUCCAUUAAAAUGGGAGGCUCUAAUGCUUCUAUUGGAAAAAAAGAGAAGGAUAAAGAGGAUGUAUCAAGUCCAUCAGAAGGCUAUAAGACGGACCUUUCUGUAGUUAUGAAUGCUUGGUUCUCUGCAGGCUUCCACACGGGCAAGUAUCUCUCGGAGCAGUCGAUUGCCAAGAAACAAAGUGAUUGAAUGUUAUCAGUAGACUCCAAAGUGAUCGAAUGUUAUAGGUACUCCUAAACUGGGUGCCAAGAUUUGACAUUAAAGGAUAGUUCAGCGAUUCCCCUUUCUUUCCAGUACAUGGCUUAGCUUGAUGUUAUACUAAGUAUACUUUUUCUUUGUUUGUGAUUCAAACUGGUGCCCUGCGCUCAAAAUAUUCAUGUAUCGGAGUAUUAAGGUAGUGGCUUAUGUUCGUUGACAUAUUUAUGGGCAACUAAAUUGUCAGGAUCCAGCAGAACCUAAAAAUAGGUAGCAGGCACAGACAGGGUUUCACAACUACAUCUACUCCUAUCAGCUUUUCAAGUCAUCAAAAUGACUGGAAUAAAAACAGGAUUUUUGAUUGAGUAAGCUGGGGAUACUUUUCUAUGGUCCUAUGGAUGUUUCUUAGGCAUACGCUGCAUUUUAUAAUUUCUUGGCAUUGAUGUCGUAUACAGACUUGUAGCUGAA